AUGGGCCUCCGCAAACCUCUGGUAAUGGCUGUUGCGGUUGGUUUGCAAACCAAAAUGUGGGGUCGGCAUGGUGUACGACAGUGCGAGGGGCAGCGUGUAAUCAAGAGCUACUCCAAAGCAUCCACAACCAGCUUUCACAGCAGUCACUCUCGUACUUCUGAUUGUGGUCGCAUGUACACAGCCAGAACGACUAUGGGCCCGGCUUGUGUGGGUCAAGUCCAAAAAGAUGAAGUGUGUUGCCAAGAGGAAGCAACAUGUAUGAUCAAAUAUAUACUAUACAUGUUUCUCCACAAAGGUUUGGAAAACUGGUGUCCGCCCUUCCAUGAAUCAGGUAUGUACGUGUGA